AUGACACCUCCGACAGGUGCGCAUAUUAUUGCCAGAAGUCUGCGAGAUCUGGGCAUCACAGUCAUAUUCGGUAUUGUCGGCAUACCUGUCGUCGAGAUAGCGGAGGAAGCUAUCAAUUUGGGGAUCCGUUUCAUCGGCUUUAGGAACGAACAGGCCGCAGGCUAUGCAGCGAGCGCCUAUGGAUAUUUGACGGGGAGACCAGGUAUAUGUCUUGUGGUAGGAGGGCCGGGCGUGUUACAUGGCAUGGCUGGUAUCGGCAACGCAAAUGUAAACGCUUUUCCUCUCCUCCUCCUCGCUGGUUCCUCGGAAACCAACCUUGUCUCCCGCGGAGCAUUUCAAGAACUCGAUGCCAUCUCCCUCCUCACACCUCACACUAAGCUGGCCCUGCGCCCUUCAUCUCUCGAAUCAAUACCAGAUGUCAUACAAAACACAUAUCGAAUAUCAUGGUAUGGGCGACCAGGCACAGGCUUCGUGGAUCUACCUGCAGAUUUGAUCAAAGGCGUUGUGGAGGAUGCAGAAGAUGUGGCAGAAGCGGCACCAAUACCUAACGCACCGAAGGGUGGUGUUGAGGAAGCUAGAUUAUUCAAAAUUGCUCAAUUGAUUAAGUCGGCGAAAGCGCCAUUGGUGGUUAUUGGCAAGGGUGCUGCGUAUGCAAGAGCAGAAGGCGUGACAAGAGAUCUCAUCGACAAGACGAACCUUCCUUUCCUCCCUACACCAAUGGGUAAAGGCGUCAUCGCCGAUUCCCAUUCCGCCAAUACAGCCAGUGCACGGAGUACCGCACUGAAAGAAGCAGAUGUGGUACUUGUAUUAGGAGCCCGCCUAAAUUGGAUUCUACAUUUCGGCGACGCCCCCAAGUGGAACCCCGCUGCUCAAUUUAUACAAGUGGAUAUCUCAGCUGAAGAAAUAGGGAGGAACUCCGGGAAUCCGGAACUCGGCAUCAUUGGCGACAUCGAUAUCGUGGUAUCCCAGCUCAUCUCUGCGCUCGACAGCUGGUCCUACCCAGCCUCUACACCCUUCAUACAGCAUCUUUCCGCCGCAAAAUCAAAGAACGAAGCCACCGCCGCCUCAAAAGCGUCAGACUCGAGAACACCAAUGACCUACGCCCACGCCUUCACCAUCAUCGAACAGACCCUCCACUCGCUCUCCCCACCGAAUGAUGCAGGCAUCGUAUACGUCUCGGAAGGUGCAAAUACUAUGGACAUCUCCCGCUCUAUCUUCCCCGUCUCUCACCCACGACUACGUCUUGACGCUGGUACCUACGCUACAAUGGGCGUGGGGCUAGGUUAUGCGAUAGCGGCGCACGCCGCUUAUAACGGCUCAGCAGCGGAAGGACAGAGCGGGCCUCAGGGGAGGAAAAAGGUGGUGUGUCUAGAAGGAGAUUCUGCAUUCGGCUUCUCGGCGAUGGAAGUCGAAACCAUGGCCCGCUACGGCAUGGACAUCCUCAUCUUCGUCAUCAAUAACGGCGGCGUUUAUCACGGCGACAGCGACGAUGCCGAAGCCUGGUUAGAGCUGCAGGGAAAGACGCUGGAGGGCAAGAGUGAAGGUGGGCUCCGGAGUACAUCUCUAGGCUGGGAGGUCGGCUAUGAGAAGAUUGCGGAGGCUUGCGGCGGUGUCGGAUAUCUGGUCAGGACGCCGGAGGAAUUGGAGAGGGCGACAAGAGAGGGGUUUAGAGAGGGGAGGGUGUGUGUGGUCAAUGUGAUGGUGGAGGCGGGAAAGGGGCAGAAGUUGGAGUUUGGGUGGCAGGCUAGUGGGACGGAGAAGACAAGGAAGAGGUCAAAACUCUGA